AUGGCCAAGGACAAGAAGAAGAGUGCCGAGUCGAAAAAGGCGAAAAAGGCCGAGAAGGCGGCCAAGCAGGCCAGCAAGGGGGAGAAAAAGGCCAAGACCAAGGCGGCCCGGGUCGAGGGCAGCGAUGCCGAGGACGUGGACCUGGACGAGGUGCUCGAGGAGUAUCGCCGCCAGCAGGAGCAGUUCCUCAAGGUGACGGAGACGGUGUGCGAGGGUCCGCCCCGGCCUCGUGCGGCCUCGACGCUGCUGGCGGCGCCGCACGACAGCAACAGCCUGCUGCUGUUUGGCGGCGAGUACUUCAACGGCUCGCUGGCCCAGUUCUACGGCGACCUGCACAUGUACAACAUCGCCCGCGACGAGUGGCGGUGCGUCACGUCGCCCAACUCACCUCUGCCGCGGUCCGGCCACGCCUGGACCCGGGCCAGCAACCCGAGCCACGUCUACCUCUUUGGCGGCGAGUUCUCGUCGCCCAAGCAGGGCACCUUCCACCACUACUCGGACUUUUGGCGCCUCGAGCCCGCCUCGCGCGAGUGGUCCAAGAUCGAGGUCAAGGGCAAGGACAAGAGCCCGCCCGCCCGGAGCGGCCACCGCAUGACCUACUGGAAGCAGUACAUCCUUCUCUUUGGCGGCUUCCAGGACACGUCCAACCAGACAAAGUACCUGGCCGACCUCUGGAUCUUCGACACGGUUCACUACAUCUGGCACUGCCCGGUCCUGCCCCAGGCCCAGCUCAAGCCCGACGCCCGCUCCUCCUUUACCCUGCUGCCCUGCGACCAGGGCGCCGUCCUCUUCGGCGGCUACUCGCGCGUCAAGGCCACCGUAGUCCUCAAGAAGCGCGGUGGCAAGGCGCAGGGCCUGGGCCAGAAGAACGUGCUCCUCCCAAAGGUCCACGAUGAUUGCUUCUUCCUGCGCAUGUCCCUGCCGGCGGCCGACGCGGGGCCCGGCGCCCCGCCCACGGUCCGCUGGGAGCGGCGCAAGAAGCCGGCAAACGCGCCCAACCCGUCCCGCGCCGGUGCCACCAUGACGUGGCACAAGGGCCGCGGCAUCCUCUUCGGCGGCGUCCACGACGUGGAGCAGAGCGAGGACGGCAUGGACAGCGAGUUCUUCAACCAGCUGUUUGCGUGGAACGUCGAGCGCAACCGCUUCAUGCCCCUCGGCCUUCGCAAGCCCCGCCAGCAGAGGAAGACCGUGCCGGAGCAGCGGGCGGGCCGCCGCGGCCGCGCCCAGGCCAACGAAGAGGAGCUCCUGCGGCAGCUCGCGGCCCUCGAGACGGGGGCGUCCCUGGACGACGCCGACGGCAUAGAGCUCGAGAAGAAGCCCGAGGAGCCGCAGGAGGACGAGCAGCCGGCCAGAGAGAUGCUCGUCAGCAUGGACCCGCCGCACGUGAGGUUCAACGCGCAGCUGGCCGUGCAGGACGACGUGCUCUACAUCUACGGCGGCACGUUUGAGAAGGGAGACCGGGAAUUCACGUUUGACGACCUCUACGCAAUCGAUCUGAGCAAGCUCGACGGGUGCAAGGAAAUAUUCAGCAGGCCUGUCGAGGACUGGAUCGAGUCUGAGGACGACGACGACGAAGAAGAGGAUGAGGACGACGACGACGACGACGAGGAAGACGAAGAGGAGGACGGCGACGAGGCAGAGCAGCAGCACACCUCGAGCAAGCGCAAGAAGAAGGACGACGCCGUCUCAGACACGUCUUCGGAGACGCCUUCGUCGGCCCCAUCGGAGGAAGACGAGACGGAGACGGCCGCCUCGUCGGUGGACGAUGGUCUUCCGCAUCCACGACCCUUCGAGUCGCGGCGCGACUUCUUCGUGCGGACGUCGGCCGAGUGGCAGGAGGUGCUGAUGACGAGCCUGCGGUGGAAGGGGGUGCAGCCGGAGCGGCUGGCGGUCAAGGAGAUCAAGGCCAAGGCGUUUGAGCUGAGCGAGGAGAAGUGGUGGGACAGCCGCGAGGAGAUUCUGGCGCUCGAGGAGGAGCAGGAGGCGGCGGGGAUCCAGGAGGUGGUGAGCCUGGCCGAGAGGGGCGAUGCGGCGGGUGCGGGUGCGGCGAGGCGGAGGUGA